CGGAAACAGCAGGGAGCCGCGCGUUUGAGAAUUGCAAGACUCGCUCCGGGCACCAGGCGGCGCAGCAGGGCGGUGGGAGGCUGCGCGUGCGCGGUAGAGGGGAGGAGCCGGACGGAGUGGCGGCCGCCUUCCAUCUCCCAGGGCCGCAUGAAGACCAGCGAGCACGUCAGAGGAGCGCGCAGCGAGGGGCCGCGGAAGCUGGGACUCUGCGUUCUCUGCGGCUUACCCGCAGCAGGAAAGUCGACCUUCGCACGGGUUCUCAGCCACCGGCUGCGGCAGGAGGGCCGCUGGGCCGUCGGCGUGGUAGCCUACGAUGACGUCAUGCCUGACGCAUUCAUCAAGGAGGCGAGCGCACCGCCAUUGCCAUCCCAAUGGAAAUUGCUUCGACAGGAACUGCUGAAGUACCUAGAAGGCUUCUUGACGGCUGUCAUCAACGGGUGUCAGAUGUCUGCCCCACCCAACAGGACUGAAGCCAUGUGGGAAGAUUUUAUAACCUGCUUAAAGGAUCAAGAUCUGGUUUCUUCUGCAGCUCAUGAGGCUCAGUCUUGCUACUUCCUGACGAAGACUGCUGUUUCUAGACCUUUGCUUUUGGUUUUAGAUGACAAUUUUUAUUAUCAAAGUAUGAGAUACGAAGUUUACCAACUGGCUCGGAAAUAUUCAUUAGGCUUUUGCCAGCUCUUUUUAGACUGUCCUCUCGAGACCUGUUUACAGAGGAAUAGCCGGAGACCACGGGCACUGCCUACCCAGACCAUCCACCUGAUGGGAAGCAAGAUAGAAAAGCCUAACCCUGAAAAAAACGCUUGGGAACACAACAGCCUCACAAUUCAGACUGCGAUGUGUUCUUCCGAGGCCAGGUAUCCUACUCAGAGCCAUCAGGCAAGCUUGAAGUUGACUGAUUUAUUGCUUACUGCCUUGGAAAAUCCAGUAAAAUAUGUUGAGGACAACAUGGAACAAAAGGAAACAGACCGCAUUAUUUGUUCAGCUAGCAUUCUCCAUCAAGUUGAUCAGACCCUCCGAAGAAUUGUCUCUCAGACAAUGAAGGAAGCAAAAGACAACCAAGUUCUUCCUUACACCUUGAAGCUUCUAGCAGAAGAACUUAACAAGCUCAAAGCAGAGUUUUUGGCAGACCUAAGACAAGGAAACAAAAAAUACCUGUGCUGUCAACAAACCACUGACAUACCAGAUAUUAUUUCUUUUUUUCAUUAUGAGAAAGACAACGUUUUGAAGAAAUAUUUUCCAAAACAGCAUUAAAACUUUUGCAUCUCCAA